AGAAUGAAGCUUCCUUCUCUAUACGUCCCACUACAUGUUACUUUGUAUUAAUAAAUAAUAUGCUGCGAUAGCCUCUUGAAUACCAACUUGUUGUACUUAUAUUUAUAUUAUACCAGUGUAUCAUCCUAUCAUUUGACACAGGCUAUGAUGAACACUAGGGAUGCAAUAGUGAGAAGGGCUCUAGACAGCCUUGGCAAAGGUUUUGAUUUAACCUCAGACUUUCGACUCAAAUACUGCAAAGGGGAAGACAGUUUAGUCUGUCUGAAUCAAGACCAGACCAGGCAGUUGUCAGUACCAGGUUUCGGACAGUUUGAUGAUGUUUCAACUGACAUCAAAUGUGGCAAAGGAGAUCGAACUCGGUAUCAGUCAGAUAUUCUUGAUUUUAAUCAGAUGUCGGAGUUUAUGAACCAGAAAUGCUCUGUUCCUGGGAAGAUUCCGUCGGGUUGGUUUAACUCCAUGUUUGGUUUCGAGAGUGAAUCAUGGGAAACUGAUGCUGCAAGAACAAAGUAUUUAGGAUUAGAUGGUUACUUUAUAUUGUUGUUUGACCUUCAUAUAAAUAGAUAUCAUCUGCAACUUCUGGAUGAGGUGAAAAAUGCAGUUCCUUCAACUUGGGAUCCAUCUUCUCUUGCCAGGUUCAUAGAGAUAUAUGGGACUCAUAUAAUAGUGGGACUGGGCAUAGGAGGACAGGACACCGUGGUGGUAAGGCAAGAUAAAUCAUCAAACUUGGAGGCAUCAGAACUUAAAAAGAAUCUUUAUGAACUUGGAGAUCAAUUGUUUAAUGGGACUUGCACCUUCACUCCCAAAGAUCAAAAGCACAAGGCUCCACCAGCUUUUAAUGUUUUUGAUCAUGAGUCGCCGUUUCUGGAUAAGUUAUCAUCAGUCAAGACAAAGAAUGGAAUCAACGUAAUAUGCUCAAAGAGGGGAGGAGAUCUGUCUGCAAUGACACAUUCUGAAUGGUUAUUAACAGUUCCAUCAAUGCCAGACGCUAUUCAGUUCAACUUCAUUCCCAUUACCUCUCUUCUUAAGGGCGUUCCAGGCAAUGGCUUCUUAUCUCAUGCUAUUAACCUUUAUCUUCGCUAUAAACCACCAUUGGCAGAUUUGAAGUAUUUUCUGGACUUCCAGUCUCAUAAAACAUGGGCUCCAAUUCACAGUGAGCUCACUCUGGGACCUGCCUCAAGCAAGGCCAUUAGUAAUCCUUCUCUCGAGUUUAACUUAAUGGGCCCCAAGUUGUAUGUAAACACCACUCAGGUUACAGUUGAAAAGAGACCAGUCACAGGAAUGCGAUUUUACCUGGAGGGAAUGAAAUGCAAUAGUUUGUUUUUGUUGUGCAGGCUAGCAGUACACCUCCAGCAUUUAGCAAACACACCACAGUUCCUCCAGAACAGGUUCGAGGACACCCAAUUCUGGCGGGGAUCAGAAGAUUUCUCAUCCGAGGGAUAUUUGGAACCCAUCCAGUGGAAGAAUUUUUCACAUAUAAGCACAGCCCCUGUAAAAUACGAUCCGAAUUGGACUAGAAAAGGAGAAAAUGUCACAUUCAUUGUCACCGGAACUCAACUUCAUGUCAAAAAUGAAAAUUCCAAGACAGCAUUGCAUCUUCGACUUCUUUAUUCCAAGGUUUCGAAUUCAUACAUUGCACAAUCAAGCUGGAUGCAGUGUCAGUCAGAUGCUUCUCAGAAGUCUGGAUUCUUCUCAGCAAUAAGCCAGUCAUUGAUUCUAGGUGGAAUGCCUGAUAAAGAAGAUACUAAGAAAGUGGUGCUCGACUCGAGUGUGUUUCCAACUGGACCUCCGGUUGCAGUGCAGACGAAGAAGCUUUUGAAGUUUGUGGAUAUGUCGGAGUUAUGUAGCGGACCUGCGGUGAGUCCAGGACAUUGGUUGGUCACCGGAGCUAAGUUGCAGUUAGAGAAAGGGAAGAUUUGCAUGCACGUCAAAUUCUCCUUGCUGAAUAUUUUGUAGUUAUAGGCAAAAGGUUCAAAAAGAAUUGAAGAAAUGCCUAGUUGAUCUUGCAAAGUCUGUGUAUAUAAAUCGACCGAGUGUUUUAAUAUUUUUAGGUACACUUCUAAAGAUGGUGAUUCCUUUA